AUGGAGGAGAUGCGAAGAGGAGUGCCUACUUGGCAGGACGAGUUAGCUAGUCUCAUGGAUGGAGGACUACAAUACGACGACGGAUCGCCGAUUGAUCUGACGGCGGAUUCUAUCUCUGAGCCAAGGUCAAAGAGUUCGGGUUUCGGGUCGGUGGAUGGAUCCGGGUCUGGAUCCGAAUCAGUGGAGAGCUUGAAGGAUCAAGUGACGGGGUUUAUGAAGUCAUGGGGAGAAAUGCUUCUGGAUCUCGCUAUAGGAUGCAAGGACGUCGUGCAGCAGAAUCUGGUCAGUGAAGACUCGGUCGUCGUGCGCAAGCUCCGAAAACCAGCUGCAAAAGUAUCCAAGAAGCUACGCUUCCUUAACGAAUACUUGCCUGAGGAUCGUGAUCCGGUACAUGCCUGGCCUGUGAUUCUCUUCGUCUUCCUCCUAGCUCUCACAGUAAUAAGUUUUGGUUCUGAUCAUGAUAAAUCCGUCCCCGUGUUAAAGAAAAUCCGUGUGCAUCCUCCUGGUGCGAGCCGUGUACAGCUUCCAGAUGGUAGAUACUUAGCUUACCAGGAGCGUGGUGUUUCAGCGGAGAGAGCUAGAUACUCUCUGAUUGUGCCACAUUCUUUCCUUUCCUCUCGACUUGCAGGUAUACCUGGAGUGAAAGAAUCAUUGCUCAAGGACUAUGGUGUCCGUCUAGUGUCAUAUGAUCUUCCAGGGUUUGGAGAGAGUGAUCCGCAUCGUGCUCGGAACCUUAGCUCAUCUGCCUCGGAUAUGAUUGACCUAGCUGCUGCUCUUGGGAUUAUUGAAAAGUUCUGGUUACUCGGCUAUUCCAGUGGUAGCAUGCAUGCUUGGGCUGCAAUGAGAUACUUUCCUGACAGAAUUAGUGGAGUUGCUAUGUUAGAUCCUAUGAUUAAUCCAUAUGAGCCAAGCAUGACCAAAGAAGAGAUGGCGAAGACGUGGGAGCAGUGGCCACGAAAGAGGAAAUUCAUAUACUUUUUAGCGCGUCAGUGGCCUAGUCUUCUUCCUUUCUUCUACCGUAGGUCCUUUCUCUCUGGUAAUCUCGUGCCGCUGGAUCAGUGGAUGUCAAUAUCAUUAGGAGAAAAAGACAAACAAGUAAUCACAGAUGCAUUGUUUGAAGAGCUUUACCAAAGGAACGUGGAAGAGUCUGUACGCCAAGGAACGGCAAGACCAUUUGUUGACGAAGCCGUGUUGCAAGUAUCAAAUUGGGGCUUUAAUCUUGCUGAGUUCCGCAUGCAGAAGAAGUGUAAAACCAACGGCGUCCUCUCUUGGCUAAUGUCGAUGUACAGCGAAUCAGAAUGUGAACUUGUCGGGUUUCAAAAACCAUUACACAUAUGGCAGGGGAUGGAGGACCGAGUGGCACCACCUUCAAUGACAGAUUACAUUAGCCGGGUCAUACCAGAAGCAAUGGUACAUAGACUCCCAAACGAAGGCCACUUCUCUUACUUCUAUUUCUGUGAUGAGUGCCACAAGCAGAUCUUCUCUACUCUAUUUGGAGAACCGCAGGGUCCAAUAGAGUUAUCGGAACAAAGAACAGAAACCCAUGAACCGGAUCAACCGGAGUCUGGUUUAUCCAACAGUAGCACUACCAAAGACUAA